AUGGUUCCUCAAGGGCAGAAACUUACCUCUAGCAAGGAAGUCAGUGCAGAGCCUCGCCUUGGAAUCACUACCAUGGUCAAGAUGUUGAGACAAGAAAUGGGCGACAAUGGCUUGCCCGACAUCAAGAUAUAUGGGUUGGAUAAUAACGCCACCUCGAGAGCGCAUUACACUCCCGACGCACUCUUUGCGAAAGGAGAUCUACGCAAAGAGUUCGUACCUGUAACCAGAAACAAGAAGGAUUUUGCACCAUUCGUAAAGUGUUGCUUCAUCUUGAAAGGUGCAGAGAUUCCUACCGAAGCAACGAUCACGGAGAACUUCAUCAAGGGACUCAAGCGAGCUUGUCGCAAAUACCCUGGUGCAAACGAGGACACUCAGAGCAGUGAAGCUGCUGAUGAAACUGGGGUCUCGUCAAUAGAGAGCCCCCAAGCUGCAACUACUACAGGUGUCGGCAAAGAUACACCCGCCAAGCCUAAUCAUCGCAUCCGUAAAUCUGAGCAAAAAGGCUCAUUUGGUCAACGAUUCAGCUUACAGGCCUCUAUCAAUCCUUCUCCUUCCUCUGACGAGCAGGUCCGCGCAGGAUCGGUCCCGGUAACUCCAACCGCUACCGGUAUGAGCAUUAGGGAUGUGUUCAGGGCAUCGUCAGCUGCAUCUGCACGCAGGAAAGGAGAACCUGAGAACCAUCACGCGCGCGAAGACAUGUCUGCUGUCAAACUCCAAAAGCGCAACUAUGAGACUUUUUUCAGUGAGCCUAUGCUCUUGAUCAAUACGACCAACGUCGUUCAUGAAUCUGUUGAGCUGUCUGGACCGGAUUAUGAGUUCACCAACCAGGAAUCAGCCAAUCCCCAGUCCACGACACCCAUAGCUACAUCUACGCUUGGCCCCAAGGAGCGAAACUCGGAGCAGGAAGAAUGCAAGCAAGAAGACUCUCAGGUGAAAGGCUGUAAGCGGGAAGGCUCCAAACUGCAGACGAACCUACCUGAAUCUGCCAGUACUGGUACAGUUGAUGUUACCUCAUUGUUGGACAUUGUGCCUGAGCAUACAAACAAGGCAUCUCAUGGACGCGUGAGGGCAACUUCGUCGGCAACCUCAUCGACACCUGCAAGCCGUCACCAGAUCAGUGCUACUACUUCAUCACCAGCUUUGAACCCAAACUUCGACAAAUACCUAGACCUGAAGAGCGAACAUGACAGUGUUGCCUCAGGAAUUGAGGCCAUCACUGAAGCUAUGACGAAAAUCGAUCUAGAGUAUCGUCCUAGACGCAAAGCUAUGGCGCACCACAUCGACGAAGAACUCCCUAGGCAGUUCAAAGAGAAAUUGAGGAAAGAUAUACAGCGAUUUGCCGAGGAGCAAAAAGCAAAGAGUAGAGCAGAGCUUGACAAUGCAGUCUCAAUGUCGAAGGAAAAGUAUCACGACUUGAAGAAAGAACACGAAGGGAAGCUACAAGUCCUAAACGACGAGAAAAAGGAGAAAGAACAGGAAAUGUUUGCAUUGAAACAAUCCAUUGAGCGGAAAAAGAAGGAUUUUACAGCUGAUCAAGUUUGGGACCUGGUCGACUAUGCUGGGGAGAAUGCGAGAAAGCGUCAAAAGAUUGAGCACAUGGAGGUCGAUAGUGAGAUGGGCGAGUAG